AUGCGGACUCUGAUUGAGGACUAUCCAUUUGUUGCAAUGGAUACUGAGUUCCCGGGAGUGGUGGCAACUCCUCUCGGGACCUUUAAAAGUAAGGAGGACUUCAAUUAUCAACAGGUUUCCUGCAACGUUAACAUGCUAAAACUGAUUCAGGUCGGUUUUGCGCUUGUUGAUGAAAAAGGCGAACUCCCUCCGACUGGUGACGUAUGGCAGUUCAAUUUUCACUUUUCGCUGACAGAUGAUAUGUAUUCGCAAGAAAGCGUUGAGAUGCUCAGAGCCGCAGGAAUCGACUUCAACCGUCUGCAGAAUGAGGGAAUUUCCAUGGAUAUUUUUGGUGAGUUGUUGACAACUUCGGGAUUGAUCGUGGAUGACCGGAUUACAUGGCUUACGUUCUCAUCGGGGUACGAUUUUGGAUACCUUUUAAAGUCGAUCACCCUUGGUGAAUUACCAAAAGAGGAGUCACAAUUCUUCCAAUUCCAUCGUGCUCUUUUUCCCCGUUGUUAUGAUAUUAAACUCAUGCUACGGAUGCCAGGAGCCUUCAACACAAAGCUCAAGGGUGGUUUGCAAGAGGUACUUGUGGCGGAUCAACUGGAUGUGAAACGACACGGUAUGCGUCAUCAAGCCGGAUCGGAUGCUUUGCUUACCGCUAAAACCUUCUUUAAAAUAAAACAGCAGUUUUUCAACGACAAUUGGGACAAGGUUUCACGGCUAGUCCAGGGUCACUUGUUCGGACUUGGUUCGUCACUCUCACUUUCGCAAUCCGCACAUAAAUUGGAAGAUUUAGAUAGGGAAAAAGAAGUUGUCGCUGUCAGAAAAGAUCUUGAUCAAAUACAUGAAGAUUUGAAGCCAAACAAAGCAGCAAAAUUACUCAGGCAGGAGGUUGAUUUUGAUUUACCUGGAGACGGUCAGUUCUAUUGCAUCGAAUGUGAACGAUAUUUUAUUGAUGGGAAGACUAGGAGUGAUCAUCGAAAGUCAAAAUUGCACAAAAAUCGCGUUCGAUCUCUAAAAGAAGUUCCAUAUUCCAUGAAAGAAGCUGAAGCAGCUGCAGGACAUGGAACCUAUAAGCAUGUUACCCUCAAAUCAAAGUUAGUCCCAGAAGAAAAAAUGGAUGAUGAUAUAAAGAAAGAAAAACCCGAUGAAGCAGAAGACUCAUAG